CUGUGCGGCUCCACCCGAUUCGCCCACGACUUUACACAUGUCUAGCCUAGUCGACAGGAACGCUAGAGAUUUUGGUAUAAAACGCUUGAACGGCCAACAGAAAUGCAUCAGUUCUCUAGCUGCCUCAACCACCUCCUCACAUCUCCAACAUGAAGUUCUUCGUUCUCGCUGCCGUUUUCGCCGUUGCUGCCGCCAGUUCUUACAAGGCUGCCGAAUACGCACCCAAAUACGAAGCUAAAUACGAGGAAGUCACUUAUGCCCCCCAGCCAUACAGCUUCGAAUACGACGUCCAGGAUAAGGAAUCUUACAACGACUUUGUCCACUCUGAGAAAUCCGACUACAAUGUCGUCACCGGAUCUUACCGUGUUGCUCUUCCCGAUGGCCGCACCCAAAUCGUCUCCUACAAGGCUGACGCUUCUGGAUACAACGCCGAUGUGAAAUACGAAGGCGAAGCUCAGUACCCCGAAGAGCCCAAAUACAAGGCUGCUUCCUACCCUGCCCCAGCCUACUCUGCCCCGGCCUACAAAGCCCCAGCCUACCCCGCUCCCGCAUACAAAGCUCCCGUUUACACCGCCCCUGCCUACAAAGCUCCCACUUACUCCGCUCCCGCCUACAAAGCCCCAGCCUACAAGCCCGCUCCUGCCUACCCUAAAUACUAGGUUCUCUUAAUUCUCUCAAAAAUUUUCCAACAUGAAUAAUUUUAAUUCAAAAUCGUGAGUCAAAGAUAGAUGAAGGCGACUAUAGGUAAUCUAUUGAAGUCCGAAAUUAUUUAUCAAAAAAUACAAUUUUACAAUUAAA